AUGGACCCCAGUGCGGCGCGGCUCUCGUUGACGCUCGGCUCGCCGCGGGCUUGCCGGAGGAUGCCACACGCUCGCAGGAGGGGCACAUCGUCGAUCUGCACAGUGCACACACCGUCUGUUGACCGGCUCGCCUGGCCUGUCCCCAAGCCAAACCGCAAGCCGGCGCCGUGGUGGACUGGGGAGACAGUGGCGGUGGUGACGGGGGCGAACCGGGGCAUCGGGCACGCUCUGGCGGCGCGCCUCGCGGAGCAAGGGCUGAGCGUGGUGCUCACGGCGAGGGACGAGGCCCGCGGGGAGGCGGCCGCCGCGGAGCUCCGCGCCAGGGGGUUCCCCUCCGUGCGGUUCCGCCGCCUCGACGUCGCCGACCCCGCCUCCGUCGCCGCCUUCGCCUCCUGGAUCCGCGACCACGUCGGCGGCCUCGACAUCCUGGUGAACAACGCGGCGGUGUCGUUCAACGAGAUCGAGACCAACUCGGUAGAGCACGCCGAGACGGUCCUGAGGACCAACUUCUACGGGGCCAAGAUGCUCAUCGAGGCGCUCCUGCCGCUCUUCCGACGAGAGGCCGGUACCAGCCGGAUCCUGAACCUCAGCUCACAGCUUGGCCUUCUCAACAAGGUGAGGGACCCGUCGCUGAGGAGCAUGCUGCUGGACGAGGAAGGGAAGCUGAGGGAGGAGGAGAUCGAGGCGAUGGCGUCGCGGUUCCUGGCGCAGGUCAAGGACGGGACGUGGGCGGACCACGGGUGGCCCGCGGUGUGGACGGACUACGCGGUGUCCAAGCUGGCCCUCAACGCCUACUCCAGGCUCCUGGCGGCGCGGCUGCGCGGAGCCGUGGCCGUCAACUGCUUCUGCCCCGGGUUCACGCGGACCGACAUGACCCGCGGCUGGGGCAAGCGCACCGCCGAGGAGGCCGGCCGCGUCGCCGCCGGGAUCGCGCUCAUGCCGCCCACCGAGCUCCCCACCGGGAAGUUCUUCAAGUGGUGCACGCCGCAGCUCUACUCCAAGCUGUGACGUGACAAUGCAAAGGAACGAUUUCGAGAUGGAAAAUUGGGUUGCAUGCAUGGCCCGAUGUCCGUUUAGCGAUUAGCGCGUGACUCCAGUUCUGCGCAGUCCAAGAAUUGGAGCUAGAGUGUUUGAUUGACACGUACUUGUUCUAAUUUAUACAUUCGGUGUGAGCUGCAGCUGCGCGGCGUCGUUGCCUCUCUCUUUGCAAUAUUGGGAAUUUGGGAUCGAGAUCAGUUGUAGUCCCACUGUCAUGAUAAGUGUGGUUAUUUCCGCAUCGGCAGUUGAAACUAAGAUAAUGUAGUGGCACACCGAUCAAGUGCAAAAUAUGUAGGGGGUCUGACAACAACAAAUGGGAUACACCAAUUUACUAA